AUGAAGAGAGAAAGAGAGGUUGAUAGCAUAACCAUGGCAAAUUGUUUGAUGUUACUUUCUAGAGGAAGUGAUCAAUUUGAAGCUACUUAUUCAUCUACCAUCACUUCAAAUGAUCGUGUGUUUGAAUGCAAAACAUGUAAUAGACAAUUCUCUUCAUUUCAAGCACUUGGUGGCCAUAGAGCAAGUCAUAAGAAACCAAGGUUGAUGGGAGAAAAUAUUGAUGGUGAAUUGCUACAUACACCCCCUAAACCCAAAUCUCAUGAGUGUUCUAUUUGUGGAUUGGAGUUUGCAAUAGGACAAGCUUUAGGUGGUCAUAUGAGGAGACAUAGAGCUUCAAAUUUGAAGGGAGAUAACUAUAUGCAUAAUUCUAAUAAUACUAUGAGUUCUAGUAGUGGUGGUGGGGGUGGGAAUAGUAGUUUUGAUUCUUCACAAAAGAUGAAAGGUAGAAAGAGAGUUUUGCUUUUGGAUUUGGAUUUGAAUUUGACUCCUUUUGAGAAUGAUUUGGAGUUUUUGAAGAUUGAAAAGACAACUGCAAAUUUGAUUGAUUAUUUGCAUUAG